CUCUCACCUUUCACACCGCCUCCAGUUGGCCCUCCUCUACUUCUCGUACCUGCCAUCAGUUUGCGGUCAUCACCUACCUCACCCCACCCCCACCAUGGAUCAUUCCAGUGAGCCCAACAGCGCUGCGAUCUACAAUGCCCACAGGCGGCGCGGGUCUGUGGGAACAUCACAGGUGUUUGAUAACAUUGUUUCUGCUUCGAACUUCGAUCGCGAUGAGGUGGAUCGUCUGCGCAAGAGGUUCAUGAAGCUGGAUAAGGAUGCCUCUGGAACCAUCGAUCGCGAUGAAUUUCUUUCGCUCCCCCAAGUGUCGUCGAACCCUCUCGCCACACGUAUGAUUGCCAUUUUCGACGAGGACGGCGGUGGCGACGUCGAUUUCCAGGAAUUUGUGGCGGGUCUGUCGGCUUUCAGCUCCAAGGGAAACAAGGAAGAGAAGCUCCGCUUCGCUUUCAAGGUGUACGACAUCGAUCGGGACGGGUACAUCUCCAACGGCGAGCUCUUUAUCGUUCUGAAGAUGAUGGUCGGCAACAACCUCAAGGACGUGCAGCUGCAGCAGAUCGUGGACAAGACCAUCAUGGAAGCGGACAAGGAUAAGGAUGGAAAGAUCAGCUUCGAGGAGUUCACGGAUAUGGUGGAAAACACGGAUGUCAGCCUGAGCAUGACAUUAAGUCAAAUCUAAGAUGACUCUCUAUCAAUUCUUCGUAUCCUUUCUAGGGAAGCUGGCUUCCACGCUUCAUCAUAUGACAUUAUGAAACAAUGCACAGCUAUAUAGUUUACCGUGGCAAGUUGCUACUGCUUGGCCUGUUACGUUGAUGAGACAUGAACUUGUUGUACAUCUAAAUUGUGUCUCGACUGAGUGCAUCAUGCAUCCAAUCAUGCAUAUUUAUAUUCUCCGAUGAGACCUGGCUUGUAAGGUAUAACUGG